AUGAGGCUGAUUAUCCGCGACGAUGCCGAGGCCGCCAGCGCCUACGUAGCCAACUACGUCGUUGACCGCAUCAAGCACUUCAACCCUACCCCGGCGCAUCCCUUCGUCCUUGGCUUGCCCACGGGAAGCAGUCCCCUCGGUGUGUACAAGAUCCUUGUUCAGAAGUACAAGGCUGGAGAGAUCUCUUUUGAAAAUGUCAUCACCUUCAACAUGGACGAAUACGUCGGCAUCCCCCGCGACCACCCAGAAUCAUACCACUCCUUCAUGUGGAAGCACCUCUUCUCCCACGUAAACAUCCACCCCCAAAACGUAAACAUUCUCAACGGCCAAAACCCAAACCUUGAAGCAGAGUGCGUCGCCUACGAGUCCAAAAUCAAGGCCGUCGGUGGCAUUGAUCUCUUCCUCGCGGGCAUCGGCGAGGACGGCCACAUCGCCUUCAACGAACCGGGUUCCUCCCUCGCCUCCCGCACCCGCGUUAAGACGCUCGCCUACGACACCAUCCUCGCCAACUCGCGCUUCUUCGGCAACGACGUCGACCAGGUCCCGCGCCUAGCCCUCACCGUCGGCGUCCAGACCGUGCUUGAGGCGCGCGAGGUCGUGGCGAUUAUCUUGGGCGCGAAGAAGGCGCUUGCGCUGCAGAGGUGUAUCGAGCAGGGCGUGAACCACAUGUGGACGCUGUCGAGUCUGCAGCUGCACCCUCACCCCAUGAUAGUCGUAGAUGAGGAUGCGACGCUCGAGCUGCAAGUCAAAACUGUCAAGUACUUCAAGUCCAUCGAAAAAGUAGCCCGCGAACAAGGCUUCGAACAAAUCCUCCCCUCCAAAAUCCGCACCGGCCCAUCCCCUCCCCCGAUCCCAAUAACCCGCAUCGACGAGGUCGACACGCCCACCAUCCUCCACCCGCAGCCCACAACCUCGCGCCUGCUCCGCGCCUCCCCGGCGACGGAGUACCCAGUCCGCUCGCGUUCCACGUCCCCGGACAUCGAGCUCGUCUUCGAGAGCAUGGCCUCCCGCACAAAGACCCCCUCGGAGCAGCAGCUCCGCGCCGUGACGCCCGAUUUGGUGACGGACCGGAUGGCGGAGCGGAUUCCGGGGGUCCCUGCUGCGGUUACGGGGCGGUUGACGCCGAACCCGGAGAAGCAGCAGACGACCUCGAUCAGUAGGUCUGCUACGCCGGAGCUGGUUCCUGAUCGUAUGGCGUCGAGGAUCCCUGAGCCUGCGCUCGCGAGGCGGCUGACGCCGAAUCCGGAGCAGCAGAUGAUGUCUAGGGUUAAUGCCGUUGGUGCUUGA